AUGCGUUUCUCUGCUGUCGUCGUCGCCGCCAUGGCCACCAACGCCGCUGCUUGGCAACCCCAGCGCCAGGCCUACGGCUGGAGCUGGAACGGCUUCGGAAACUGGGGCAAGGGCCAGACCUCCGUCUCCGGUUCCAUCCAGCCCACCCCCGUUCCGGUCGCCACCACCCCGGCUGCCGUGAUUCCCACCCCCGUCCCCACCACCUCCGCCCCCGUCGUCGAGGAGGCCGCCCCGGCUACCACCAGCUCGGCUCCCGCUGCCGCCGCCACCACUGCCGCCUCCUCCGGCAGCCUCACCUCCGACCAGCAGGCGGCCCUCGACGCCCACAACAAGGCCCGCGCCGAGGUCGGCACCCCCGACCUCGUCUGGGACGAGACCCUCGCCGCCAACGCCCAGGAGUGGGCCACCCACCUGACCUCCGUCGGUUCCCUCACCCACUCCCAGGUCUCCGACCAGGGCGAGAACCUGUACAUGCAGUCCGGCGGCGACUCCCCCAACCUCAACGCCGUCAACGCCUUCGUCUCCGAGAAGUCCGAGUACAACGGCGAGACCAUCAGCUCCACCAACUAUAUGAGCUUCGGUCACUACACCCAGGUCGUCUGGAAGUCCACCACCAAGGUCGGCAUGGCCACUGCUACCGACUCGUCUGGUGCCACCUAUGUCGUUGCCCGCUACUCUCCCCCCGGCAACUACAUCGGCGAGAAGCCCUACUAA